GCGGCAACUGCAGCACUGCCUCCACUCCAGUCCAGUCUGAGCUCAUCGGCUCAGCUCACCCACUCGCUACUGCCGGCUCCCUCGGCGGUGACGGCGGCGGCCGGCGACUGGCGAUCUCCUCCUGCCUCGAGUCCCGAGGAGGCGAGCGCCGAGUUCCACAGAUCCCUAUUUGCUUCGAGUCAGGCGCCCGCAUUCCGCUCCGCGUUGCUUCACCUUCUCCGCCCGGGUGAUCUGGUUGCUUGGUGUGUGAUGGCUGCCGAAAUUACAUGCGGAUCCUUGCUGCAAAAAUUGCAGUUGGUAUGGGAUGAAGUUGGUGAGAGUGAGGAGGACCGUGACAAGGUCCUGUAUGAGCUAGAUCAGGAGUGCCUGGAUGUUUACAAGAGGAAAGUUGACCAAGCCACUAACUCUAGGGAUCUCCUGAUCCAGGCGCUGGACGACUCAAAGAUAGAGCUUGCCAGGCUUCUUUCUGCUCUAGGAGAAAAGGCUAUUGCAAGAACCCCUGAGAAGACAACGGGAACAAUCAAGCAGCAGCUAGCUGCUAUAGCGCCUACACUUGAGCUGUUGACUAAAAAGAAAAAUGAAAGAAAAAGGGAAUUUGUCAAUGUACAGUCACAAAUUGACCAAAUAUGUGGUGAAAUCGCUGGCACCAUAGAGGUGGGUGAGCAGGUGGCAACACCCCAAGUCAAAGAGGAUGAUUUGACACUUAAGAGGCUUGAAGAUUUUCGGUCUCAGCUCCAGGAGCUUGAGAAAGAGAAGAGCAAUAGGUUGGAGAAGGUUCUUGAGUAUGUAAGCAUCGUACACAAUCUUUGUACUGUCUUGGGGAUGGAUUUUCUCAGCACAGUGACUGAAGUUCAUCCCAGUUUAGAUGACUCCAUUGGCGACAAUCGGAAGAGCAUUAGUAAUGAUACAUUGUCAAAACUUGACAAGACGGUAGCCACACUUAAUGAAAAUAAGAAGUUGAGGCUAAGCAAGCUUCAAGAGCUUGCUGGUCAACUCUAUGAUCUUUGGGAUCUCAUGGAUGCCCCCAAGGAAGAAAGGCGCAUGUUUGAUCAUGUCACCUGCAACAGAUCAGCAUCUGUGGAUGAAGUCAUUGCACCUGGAGCCCUUGCCCUGGAUUUAAUUGAGCAAGCUGAGGUUGAGGUCCAAAGGCUAGACCAGCUAAAAUACAGCAAGAUGAAAGAAAUAGCUUUCAAGAAGCAAACUGAGUUGGAAGACAUCUACGCUGGUGCUCACAUAGUAAUAGACACAGCUGCUGCCCAUGAGAAAAUAUUGGCGCUGAUUGAGGCAGGGAACAUAGAGCCAUCUGAACUAAUUGCAGAUAUGGAUGGCCAGAUAGCAAAAGCAAAGGAAGAAGCAUUGAGUAGAAAAGAUAUACUAGAUAAAGUUGAAAGAUGGAUGUCUGCAUGUGAAGAAGAAAGCUGGCUUGAAGAUUAUAAUCGGGAUGACAACAGGUACAACUCAAGCCGAGGUGCCCACCUGAAUCUCAAGCGUGCAGAAAAAGCUCGUGUUCUUGUUAACAAGAUUCCAGCACUUGUUGAAACUCUGGUGGCCAAGACCAGGGCAUGGGAGGAGAAUCGUGGUCUGUCCUUUAUGUAUGAUGGUGUACCUCUUCUAGCUAUGUUAGAUGAGUAUGUUAUGCUCAGACAGGAAAGGGAUGAAGAGAAGAAAAGAAUGCGGGAACAAAAAAAAUACGUUGAGCAGCAACUCAACACUGAUCAUGAAGGGCCGUUCGGAUCACGGGUGAGCCCCAAUCGACCUGUCAGUUCAAAGAAGGUACUUGGCGCAAAGUCCAACGGCAGCAUCUCUAAUGGCACCCCUCCGAAUAGAAGGCUAUCAAUCAGCGGUCACCAGAACGGUGGUCACGGUGUCAAGUCUGGAGGGAAGGACAGCAAGGGAGACGCUGCGAAGACAGCAUCACCAGGGAAUGUAGCUGCAGCUGCGGCUGCCAAGGAAGACACAGCCUCCCACAUUUCUGGCACAGAUCCGGUUCCGAGCACACCAUGAUCUUUAACCUAGCGUCGUAUUAUUAGAUAUAAGGGGCCCUUUUUCUGAUGUUUUCCAUUGUUUUGUGGUAAUAUAUGCAAUGCUUUCGUAGCGAAGAGUAAUUAUGACGUCCACCCUUGAGCUGCUUGGCCAGGAUUGUUCACUUCUGGUGUAAGCCGUGUUCAUAUUUUGGUUAGUUUGCUCGGCCGUACCAUUUAUACUUAUUAGACGAUGUAGUAUAAGUCUUUGCCGGGCUGUAUUGUUGUGAUGUUAUUAACUGGCUUGCUAGACGUAUCAGUAGUUAAAAUGCCUUUGGUGUGCCCU